AGCAGACUACUACUGGUGACAGCCGCCAGGCGAACUCAACGGGUUUCCCCUUCCUCUACAUCGUAGUGAUAAGGAGAAGACAUUACGGGACACGUCCUUGCAGCCUUGUGUUUACUGUGGGCACUGUUUCAAACGUUAACUGGCCCCAGUGGGAGUCGAGCAUUCACUUACGCUUCCGGUUUUUCCCCAGGUAACGUUACGUUAGCUUUGGCGUUCAUACGGUGGCACCGAGCCCGUACGACAUAUACGUCUCCUGUCAAGAUCGUUUUAACAACGCUCCGAGAGGAUGGGCGACAUAAAGCCUUCAACGUCUCCUGCUUUUCAGUCGGAAGGCUUCAGUCCGCCCUACAGGAAGAGAAAAAGGACAGUGGAAGAUUUUAACCAGUUUUGUACGUUUGUUUUGGCUUAUGCUGGUUAUAUCCCAUACCCCCAAGAGAACUCUUCACUGCGCAGUACUUCCAGCCCUCCCAACAGCACUGGAAGCACAGUAGACAGUGAUGGCUGGACCCCGGGGCCGUCGCCGUCUUGUCCUCAAUACCCUUUCAUCGUCCCCCUGGAAAGGAGCAGUAAACAUCCACAGCUGGGGGCCACACUGCCGAGCCACAUUAAAAAAGAUCACACAUUCACCAGCCUGCAUCCAGAGGAUUGCAGGAAGGCUGAGAAGCUGAAGAAGAAAAAGAAGAGAAAGGAGAGGGAGCUUCAGGCCGGUGAGAAACAUGGGCAAUCUAGCUCGUCCGACCCAGCGCUGCAGCCUUCAUUCUCCUUUGACGACUUGCCUAUAAAAGAGGAACUGGAAGACGACAUCAGCAUUCCGCUCCAUCCUCAGCGCGUCACCAGCCCGUCCCAGUGCAAAGAGGAGCUCCAGGAAGAGCGAUGGGAGUGGGAUGGACGAGACCUGCAAGAAGGAGUGGUCAAGGUACAGAAAGUGGAGGGCCUUUCUGGAAGCAGAACGGUGUUCCGACAGGGCAAGCAGGUAGUGUUCCGAGACGAAGAUGGGUCGGGAGAGGAUGAGGAUAUCAUGGUGGACUCAGACGAUGACUCAUGGGACUUGGUGACGUGUUUCUGCAUGAAGCCGUUCGCCGGCCGCGCCAUGAUCGAGUGCAACAAGUGCCACACCUGGAUCCACCUGUCGUGCGCCAAGAUCCGCAAGAGCCACGUGCCCGAAACAUACGUGUGCCAGAGCUGCCGAGAAAACUCCGUACCCGUCGCCACUGGCGCGGACGCCCGCCGCUCCCACCGCCCUCGCAUAGGUCCGCGUAAACACCUACUAGAAUGACCUCCAAAUGCCACUUCUGAACCCUCUUGAAGAUUUUUUUCUAACAACCCUUGUGGACCUAUAGCAAGCCCCUAUAGACCUCUUGGGAAUAUCUUAGUUCUACAGAUGUUUACUUAUGCUUCCCUACAGACUCUCUGCGUAAGGCAAUCACUGAAUGAUACACUACUGACAAAAAGUUCGAGAUAUUUGGUUUUUGAGUGAAAUUUCAUGAUGCACGUAAAAUCCACCAUAGCCUUUACAGGUGAACUUAAUUUGACCUUCUCUUUACUUUGGAAUGCAGUGCAUCAUCUGAAUUUUGCCAUUCAGCUCCUGGUUAGAGAACGGCAAGUGAUGCAAAAAGUAUUGCCACUUGUAAACAGUUGGAUAAGUGCAUUCAAAGGUUUAGAGGUCAAAUUAAGUUCACCCGUAUAGUUAUAGUGCAUUUUGGGUUCAUUUUGUAAUUUCACCCAAAAGCUGAAUAUCACUACCUUUUCGAGUAGUGUCUGUAGAUGACUAUAGCAUAGCAGCCAACGGCUACUGUUGGGACUGUAGUGUCUUGUGAACACUGGAAGCUGCCAUGUCAAGUCCCUCCACAAACUGCCACCCUCUCUGGUGCGCGCCAGGAUGUGUCAGAAAGACUUGUUUGCACUUUUUCUCACUUUAAAAAAACCUUUUGACCCUUUUGGCAAGCAGGUAUGUUCAGAUAAAACUGGACCCCCCAAGUGGUCUCUUGUUGGUAGAAAUAUAAGUGACAGUUUUGAAGGAGAAAACUUGUAAAGCCUUGCGAUAACUGCUUCAGAUGGUGCUAUAGUAUUAAGCUGGUAAUCCAAUAGAACAAAAAUCUAGACUGCAUCUGCUUCAUCUGUCUUUUUUGUUAUUUAAGUCCAUUGUGGACAAAUAGAAGCCCAGAGAAGGCGUUCUUCUCUCUCGUUCUCAAGCUGUCUUCCAAUCUCUGAUGCUUGUAUGUAUCGACGGCCAGGGAGAUAGUUCACUUCUUUCCCUCCCACACAUUACUUCAUAUAUCAUUUCCGGUGGUUGUUCAUAAGUAUUUUACCUUAACUGGCAGUUUAGCCAUCUUUUGAGAUAAAUGUAUUUAUGGAAAGGACUGAAUACUGUUAUGUUCAAAGCUUCAGAAGGAAAUCUGAUGGUUAGUUAACUGAAAUAGUGUUAAGAUUCUCCCCAGGAUUUAUGCACAUCAUAUGUGAAUGUGUUCGAGUGAGGAGGGAGGGGGAUGUAUUUUUUGGGCUGCGGGUGAGGGGGUGUCAUGUGCUGCUAUGAAAAAAAAAUCUGGUUUCUGGUCUUUUUGUAAGAUGGUCAACAGCAAAUGAAAUCAGCUUUUGUGUAUCAUCACUUCAUAAAACAACAGUAUUCACUUCAACCUUCAGCAGGUUUACCGGGAAAUGCUUUUUUUCAGGCAUUUUUCCCCCUUUAAACUUGCUGCCAUUCAAAUGAUCUCUGUUAGAAUAUGUGCCAUGGACCUGUUUGUGUCAGUUAAAUAAAAGCCAUACUCCAGUGUAGAGUGAUGAACUAAUUUAAAGACUCCGAAACUCAGUUGUGAUUCUGAGAUGGGUUUUUAAACACAGUCAUUAACAGACUUUGACCAGAGAACAGAUGUGGGGUUGGUGAACUGGUGUCUUCUGGUGAUGCCCUGCCAAUAAUCAGUCCAGUUCGGAUGUUUAAUAAAUGACAUGCACUGUUAUGUCUUUGAGAGCCCUCAUUUUAAAGAUCAGUUAGAUUUUAGUACUAUUAACUAUGGUCUGUGUGACAGCAACUGUUUUAUUCUGAUGGGUUGGAUAGUCCUUUCCUCUUAAGGAGAAUGUCAUGUGUACUGUGGUGCAAACUGUUUCUAUGAAACUAAUGUAAAGUAUUGUAAAUAAAGAGUUACCAUUUUA